AUGCCUCAGUCGCACACACAGACACAGACAUGCUGGGCUGGAACGAGGAAGUGCAGUGGAGAGGGGAGGGACCGAGGGCAGAGUUCCAUGGGGCUGCCGCGGCGCUGCGAACUUCUGCACAUGGAGCCGGGGAGAGCUGGAAGAACUUCAUAUUGCAAACUCAAGGAAUAGCAGAGUACCUGCACCGAAUGGAGACCGAGCAGGCCCAGGACAUGUCCCACAUGCCAGGCAGGGACAGUCCACCCGCCAACGACGGGUCUGAAGAGACGGACGAGCCCAUGGCCGUCCCUGAGGACCUGUCGGCCAGCUCGGGCCUGAACAACCAGAACAACCGGGGGGAGAAAGCCUGUAACAUUAAAGUUGAGGCGCGCAGUGACGAGGAGAACGGGCUCGCCUGUGACGUCAAUGGCGAGGAGGAGUGUGCGGAAGACUUGCGCGUGCUCGGGGCCUCAGCGGCCCGGGCCAACGGCUCCCAGGCGGGCCCCGACUCCAAGGGCUACACGUCGGCCGGGGGCAUCCGCCUGCCCAACGGGAAGCUCAAGUGUGAUAUCUGUGGGAUAGUUUGCAUUGGCCCCAAUGUGCUGAUGGUGCACAAGCGCAGCCACACUGGAGAGCGUCCGUUCCAGUGUAACCAGUGCGGUGCGUCGUUCACCCAGAAGGGGAACCUGCUGCGGCACAUCAAGCUGCACUCGGGGGAGAAGCCCUUCAAGUGCCACCUGUGUAACUACGCCUGCCGCCGGCGGGACGCGCUCACCGGACACCUACGCACGCACUCUGUCGGAAAGCCCCACAAGUGUGCGUACUGUGGGCGGAGCUACAAGCAGCGCAGCUCCCUGGAGGAGCAUAAGGAGCGAUGUCAUCACUACUUGCAGUGCAUGGGGCUCCAGAACAGCCUCUACACAGUAGUAAAGGAAGAAAGCAACCAGAAUGAGCAGAGGGAAGACUUAAGCCAAACCGGAUCCGAGAGAGCUCUGGUGCUAGACAGACUAGCUAAUAAUGUAGCUAAACGUGAGAAGCGUCUGUCGGAGCUGUCCUUCGAGGGCGGGGCCGUGGAGAUGAUCCAACCCCACGUCAUGGACCAGGCCAUCAACAGCGCCAUCAGCUACCUGGGGGCGGAGUCUCUGCGGCCGCUGGUGCAGACCUCGCCGGCCUCCCCUCCGGGGGGGGGCGGCGACACGGCGCUGACCUCCAUGUACGCCUCGCUGCACGCCAAGCUCCCCCCGCCGCCCAACCCCGACGGCGGCGGCGACGGCGGCGGCGCGGGCAACGGCCUGUCGUCCAAGGACAGCGCGGCCGAGAACCUGCUGCUGCUCUCCAAGUCCAAGUCGUCCAGCGAGAAGGACGGCUCGGCCAGCCCCCCCAGCGGGCGGGACUCCACCGACUCGGAGAGCAACAACGAGGAGCCGCGCUCCGCCGGCCGCGGCGGGGGAGGGGGCGGAGCCGGGGCCGGGCCGGGCCUCAUCUACCUGGCCAACCACAUGGCGUCGGGGGGGCUGCGCAACGGCGUGCUGCCCCUGGUGAAGGAGGAGCAGCAGAGGCAGCUGGCGGACGCCAUCCGGGCCGGCGUGGAGCUGGCCUCGGAGGGCUUCAAGGUGGUGACGGGCGACGGGGAGCAGGUGCGGGCGUACCGCUGCCAGCACUGCCGCGUGCUCUUCCUGGACCACGUCAUGUACACCAUCCACAUGGGCUGCCACGGCUUCAGGGACCCCUUCGAGUGCAACCUGUGCGGCCACCGCAGCCAGGACCGCUACGAGUUCUCCUCCCACAUGACCCGGGGGGAACACCGCUACUGAGGGGGGGGGGGGGGGGGG